CCACCUGCAAAAAUGGCUGACGCGGAAUACAACGCUGAGGAGGCUGCCGAGCUCAAGAGAAAGAGAGCGUUCCGCAAGUUUUCCUACCGCGGUAUCGACCUUGACCAGCUCCUCGACCUUUCUUCCGAGCAGCUCCGCGAUGUCGUCCACGCCCGUGCUCGUCGCCGGUUCAACCGCGGUCUGAAGCGCAAGCCCAUGGGCCUCAUCAAGAAGCUCCGCAAGGCCAAGCAGGAGGCCAAGCCCAACGAGAAGCCCGACCUCGUCAAGACCCACCUCCGUAACAUGAUCGUCGUCCCCGAGAUGAUCGGCUCCGUCAUCGGUAUCUACUCCGGUAAGGAGUUCAACCAGGUCGAGAUCAAGCCUGAGAUGGUUGGUCACUACCUUGCCGAGUUCUCUAUCUCUUACAAGCCCGUCAAGCACGGUAGGCCCGGUAUUGGUGCCACUCACUCCUCGCGUUUCAUUCCCCUCAAGUAAAUGCUCUGGGUUUGGGUUUGCAUGGAUACCUGGUGGAAAUGGAGACAAUGUGCUGCAUGAAAGACAGACGAAUCAAUUAAAAGUCUCAAUUCUCAAACAACUAUUUCUUGGCUGUGUCUUGUGAUAACAUCGUUGUGAUCAGGCGCCAUAUGAAACGACCCCAUAGGCCGUUUGCCUCGCAUUGCGCGUCACGAGUAUGAGCAGCUAUCAAGACUGUUCUUUCUAGACGGAUUCCUACGAGCUUUGGCAAAACUGUACAUAACUCAAAUUCCUGGUAAACACAGGAAAGUUCUCCCUACAUCUGUAGACUUCGGUAUCCGCAACACAGUCGAAUUUUGUAGCGUUGACGAAAUAAAGUUACUCUCC